UGACGGCUGGUCAGAUAAAGAGCGCAGUUUUUAGUCAUCAUAUUGGAUUCUGUAUGUGUUUGUUAAUAUUUCUGACCAGUAGCUAACCUGAGCCAUGACUUUAAUGAUUAAUCGAAUGAACGACAAACAGCCUUUACUUUUUGACUUAACGCUUCGUUUUAUUACUGUUGUUUAGCAAGCUAAAUGUAGCUAGCUGCCAUCUUUAGUGGAAAAAACCCAGUUAUAUACAACUGACUGGUUUGAUCUGAUAGCCGAUAGCAUCAGACUGCAACUAUGUGGUUUGGUGUUUUGGUGAGCUUCGUGUUUUGGCUUUUGGUGGAGCAGAGACGACGCCCGACUGCUAGCUUAGCGGUGGUUAGCUUAGCCAGCAGCCGCCGCCAUUACCAGCCGACGUUAGCUAGCUAUUAACGCUACUGCAGGCCUGAAGGUUUGCCGAUAUCACACCAGGGGCUUAAUUUAACAGUUUCAGUUUUAGUUCUGUUUCUGAUUGAUACCAUACUAAUCACCAUAAGUAUCUACAUUCGUUUUUAAUCCAACCGAAAAUCAGUUUACAUCGUAAAACCAAUGGGCAACUUUACCGCAAGCUAACCCGACGGCUUGUAGCUAGCAGUGCCCACUGCCUGCUUCCAGGGAUGCUAAUGGGACACAUUUAGGAUAACCUGAGUCCUGUAAACCCUGGGGCGAUGCAUUCGCUGGCUCAGGAGAUCCAGGGCUUCUCCAAAAACCGUCUGAAGAAACAGUGCACACGUGUUACCACGGUGACAGGCAGGAAGCUGCUGGAGAGGAGGAGUGAUGGAGGAGAGGGAGAGGAGCAGGUAGAAGAACUGGAGGAGGGAAGUGGAUGUGGAUUUGUAGAAGAUAAAAGUCUGGACCUUCAAGUUGGUGUCGUUAGACCCUUCCUACUACUGGCUUCUCAGGAUGCAGCCCACGACAUUGACACCCUGCAGAGAUAUAAGGUGUCUCACGUGCUAAAUGUGGCCUAUGGAGUCACUAACCUGUUCCCAGAUCAGUUGGUUUAUAAGACGCUCCAGAUCCUGGACCUCCCAGACACUGACAUCACUUCAUAUCUUGGGGAAUGCAGCUCCUUCAUAGAUCAGACACGAGAACAGGACGGUGUGGUGCUGGUCCACUGUAACGCGGGUGUAUCGCGCUCGUCCUCCGUCGUGAUUGGCUACCUGAUGUUGAGCGAGCGGUUGUCAUUUAAUGAUGCGUACAGCCAGGUGAAGCUGGCGAGGCCCUCGAUUCGCCCCAACCCCGGCUUCUACCAGCAGCUACAGAGCUACAAACCUUAAAGCUGCAUUCAUUUAUAAUUUAUCUUUUUUUUUUGUCCUCUUGGGAGCAGCAGAAACAAGCUGUAAAGACAACACUGAUAUCUGUUUUUAGAGCUUUUUCUGAAAACAGCUGCCUGCUGCUGCUGAUGUUGAUGGGAGCUGUAAGAGUGAACCGAAACAGUAAAGUUACGGGCCGCAAAACCAAAACAAUAAUCUGAAAGACACUUAAACGCUCUGUAGAGCUGAGGGGACACAAAGUGACUCUUUUUACAUUACACUUGUCAUCGUCAUUUGAUCCAUUGUUAAAGUAAAAAUAUUGAUUAGGUGCUGCUUUAAGGAACUACAAAGCUUUUCUUUUGCUUGAGAAAAAGUCUUAGAAGUCUACAACACCCACAAUUCAUGUGAUAAACAUUAUUUAGAAAAUUGUCCUUCUGUUUUUUUCGUAAAGAUUAUAAUGUUGUUUAUUAUUAGAGGUAAUGAAAAUGUCAAUGGAGGAUCUCAUCAAGAGGCAGGAGGAAGAUAUUUACUUUUUUAAUGUCUCCCUAAACAUUGUUUUUUUUUUUGUUGUUGCAAGAAAUAACACGUAAAUAGUGUGAUAAUGUGUUCGAUAAUAAAAAAUUCUACAUACUUGUUGUUUUCAAAGCUUUCAGCCACAUCUUGUGGUCUUCCUCAGUGAAUGGAGCUACUCGGUAGAUGCAGAUGUCAUGCAGAUGGUUAAGUUGUUCACAUCCAUCCAGUGUGGAAUUUACAUAUAUGUGAUAAACAAUGUCUUGUUUCUGUGUGCCAUACAUGUAUGUAUGUAUAACCAGUAUAUAUGCAUGUGCUGAGUGUCAUUUUUAACUCUGUGUUUUUUGUCUAAAAAAUACAGUUAGUAAGUGAGAAACUGUCUGCCUUUCAUUCUGCAGUAAAAGCUUUGUUAAGAAACUGAUUUCCUAUUAGAUUCGUUAAUUUUGGAAGCACUUAUUUUCUUUGCGGUAUAGGUUUCGUAGUUUAGUUAGUAGUUUUAGUAUUGUUUUCUAAUUAAAGACGUACCAGUUUUUCCUGAGGUACACCUUGA